UCUCAUCAGAAACCUAAAAUCAGUCUUCAGGCUGGAACUUUUCCAGAGUCAAAACUUGUAAACAUGUUUGUUCCAUGGAAGAUUUCCUUAUUUACAAAUGUCAUUCUUGCUAAAUUAAGAUGUAUUUCAGAGUUGACUGAGACGUUUCAGCUGUUGAAUAUCCUUUGUUUGCAUUUGAAAGAAAAGAAAUACUGCUACUACAACAUGUUGGAUCAGCAGCUAUGGAGAAUAAUACAAUUACAAUGUUGCAAAUAAUGAAAAAAAGCCCUCUUUUUAAUGUUAUACACACUGACUUGUGUAAAAUCAUUCAACUAACAUUGAAUUUUCCGUUCUGUUUACAGACAAAAACUGGACUCGCCCUUUUGUAUGAUGAAAACACCAGUAAUACCUAUGACAUCCGUUUAAAGUUGACUAAGGAGAUAUUGAUCAUACAGAAACAGGAUGUGGUCUGCAUAGGUGGUGGAGCACAUCACUUAAAUCACAGAACUGUUGUACUCCGGAGACAGGCAACUGGAGGUCUUGGUCUAAGUAUCAAAGGAGGAGCUGAGCAUAAAGUGCCUGUGGUCAUUUCGAAGAUUUUCAAAGAUCAAGUAGCUGAUCAGACAGGGAUGCUGUUUAUCGGCGACGCUGUGUUACAGAUCAAUGGCAUCAAUGUGGAGAAGUGCACACAUGAAGAAGUUGUUCAUCUCUUGCGAACUGCUGGAGAUGAAGUUACAAUCACUGUGAGGUACCUCAGGGAGGCACCAGCCUUUUUAAAGCUCCCAUUAGGCUCUCCAGGACCAUCCAGUGAUCAGAGUAGCAGAGCAUCCUCGCCACUUUUUGACAGUGGUUUACAUUUAAAUGGGAAUUUAAGCAACACGGCACCGUCUUCACCCUCCUCACCCUCGGCUAAUGAACCAAAGUACGAGAAGCGCUGGCUGGAUGCCGUCUCCCUCCCCCUGUCCAUGGCUCGAGUCUCUAAACACAAAGCUGGAAGCGAUAAAUUGAGGUCAAACAGUUUCGAAGUAUUUGCAUUAGAUGGAGCAUGUACCAAUGUUCUACAGUUUUGCACUGCAGCAGAAAGUACAGAUUGGCUUCAAGCAAUAUCAACCAAUAUUAAUGAUCUGACCCAGGAGUGUAUAAAAAGUGCAAACAAAUACUAUCCUCCUGAUGAGCAGAUCAUUCAUAUGGGUUGGGUGUGCGAGCACCUUCACAGGAGCAAUGCCAACCAGGUUCAAAGCUACAAGUUCUUGGCAUUGAAAGGCUCCUCUCUCUACAUUCUCAGGGGCCCUCCUGCUGGUGCGUCAGAAUGGGCUCAAGCUGAGUCCACAUUUAACCUCUGUGAGGUUCUCUUUAAGGUUCAUAAGCUGUGGAUAGCUGAGGACUGUUGGAUUCAACCGAAGCUGUGCGUGGGCCUGCAGCAGGACUGUGAGCUGCGGGACAGUGAAGGGUUCAGCUUUAGUGUGCUGGUGGGUCACGGGCAGAGCUACUGCUUCAGUGUGGAGCUGGGUACAGAGCUGGCACUCUGGGAAAAAGCCUUCCAGAAAGCUGUGUUCAUGGAGGUGCAGAGAACAGGGUCAAAAACCUACAUGUGCAGUAGCCAAGGGAAAAUACUGUGCUUUACAGUCGACUUUGAAUCCGGCUUCUCCUGCUCUGAGAGCAUUUCAAAGAAAGUCAUUUGGAGAUAUAAAUUUUCCCAACUGAAGGGUUCCUCAGAUGAUGGAAAGACAAGAGUAAAACUUUUAUUUAAAAAUUCAGAAAACCAACAGAUAGAAAUGAAGGAGCUGGAGUUUGCUAACCUGACAGCUGUUCUUCACUGUAUCCACUCCUUCAUAGCUGCCAAAGUGGCCUCAGUGGAUCCACUCUUUGUCAACAAUCAAAGCAUCACACGAAAGUACAUGUACAACAGCUAGAAACACAAGUGUUGUAGGGAACAUGUACCAUCUUGUCUGUGGUUUCAUCUACUAUUUUAUGCACAAUA